AUGGGUCUAGGUGUGCUCGAGGACAAGGUACUCGACCAUGUCCCUGGCACAUCCUAUAUCCUCGAAGAUCAGACGAAUGAUCAUACCGUUCUCGAUUCGCGCCUCAAGUACGAUCGCUCUGGCGACGUUCCUACACUUCUAGUACCACAGCCAAGCGAUGACCCCAACGAUCCUCUGAAUUGGCCGUUAUGGUGGCGCGAUGUAAUCCUAUUCGCGCUUUGCUUCGUUUCAGUCCUCUGUGCAACAACUAGCUCGCUCAUGGCCGCCAACACUGUGACCAUUGCUCUUCACUAUGGGAAGAGUUUCACGUCCGUUGCUCUCCUCACUGGCUACCACCUCUGUGGUGUAGGUGUCGCUGGUGUGCUAAUCGUACCGACUGCACGAGUAUGGGGCAAGCGCCAUCUUUUCAUCCUUGGAAAUAUCCUGAUGGUCGUGAGCUGCGCAUGGGCUGGGGGAAGUGGCCAGCAUUAUCAGAGCCUUCUUUGGGCCCGAAUCUUCCAAGGAGUCGCACUGGCGCCAUUCGAAGCUUUGACAAAUGCCUGUGUUGGUGAUCUCUUCUUUGUCCAUGAACGGGGCAAGCGGAUGGCCUUAUCGAAUGUUGCCGUCUUCGGCGCGGCCUUCCUCACACCGGUUUUGGCUGGCAAGAUUACGCAUUCGCUUAGUUGGCAAUGGACGUUUUACCUAGUGGCGAUCUUUACCGCUGCUUGUCUGCCCAUGACAUUCUUCCUAAUACCCGAGACGGCCUUCAGACGCGCCGACCAUUUCAACACAGACUUUGAGCAUGUCGACGACCGCCUUGAUGGAAGCCAGUCACAUACGCAACUGCAGCCCACCGGAUAUGCGACUUCUGAAGUGAGCCAAAUCUCUGGAGAGCAGAAGCAAUCCGUUUUUGGGACCAACGAGAAGCCGCAAGGGGAAUCCUCUCGAGGAGAAGAUGGCGCCGGUCAGGAACCUACGACUCCUCGCAAGGCCACGUACUGGGCAACUCUGAAGCUAUUCAAUGGACGGAAGACAGACGAGGACUUUUUCAAACUGCUUCUGAGACCAUUUCCCCUAUUCUUCCAUCCUGGCAUCCUCUGGGCUUGCUUGAUACAAGGUGUUAUCAUUGGCUGGACUGUCUUCAUCGGGGUUGUCCUGGCUGCCAUCUUCCUGGGCCCUCCUCUAUGGUUCAACGAGGUGCAGACAGGAUAUCUCUACACGGGCGCCUUUAUCGGCUCUAUCUUAGGCCUGAUACUGUCUGGCAUCUUGUCAGAUUCGUUGAACAAGGUCAUGAUUAAACUCAACAAGGGCAAAUACGAGCCAGAGUUCCGUAUUUUACUAGUUAUCUUCCAACUGAUCUUCAGCGGCGCUGGUCUCUACGGGUUUGGGAUCGUGGCAGAGGACGUGGGCCGAUAUGGAUGGCUUGUGCCGGACGUCUUCUUUGCUUUUGUCAUCAUUGGAAUGGUCAUGGGUGCCGUCGCGAGCGCCUUGUACAUUGUCGAUGCACAUCGUCAAAUCGCCGUUGAAGCGUUCACGUGCUUAUUGAUCUUCAAGAACAUAUUCAGUUUCGUUCUGACAUUUUUCGCAUAUGACUGGCUUAUAAGAAAUGGGAUCAGACCGGCAUUUCUAGCUAUCUCCAGUAUCCAGGUGGGCGUCUGUCUCUUGAGCAUUCCCAUGUAUAUUUUCGGGAAACGAAAUCGGUCAUUCUUCACGCGUUACAACAUUUUGAAGAAGCUGCAUCUGUGGUAA